UUUCAAUUGGCUGAGGUAUCACGUCUGCUUGUUGAUUGGCUAGGGCGCGGCGCCGCGGCCUUUCCCGUUCCGGCGGCGCUGACCUUGCCCGGGAGCGGAGCCGCCCGUCCGCCGCAGCCGCAGCCAUGGUGUCCUACUGGCGGCAGGCCGGCCUCAGUUACAUCCGGUACUCCCAGAUCUGUGCCCAGGUUGUCAGAGCGGCGAUGAAGCCGCAGUACAAAGCAGAGGCGGAGAGGGCGGCGAUGGCCACUGUGAAAACUGUGAAACCCAAGAAAGAAUAAAUUGAACUGAUCCGUGGUGAAUACCCUGAACAGCAAACUGCAAAGCUGCAGGCAAGCUCAAGACCCUGCAGUAUGUCACCACAUUAACUGUAAAACUUGCCUCUGUGUAAAUCAGCAUGCUAAUAAAUAUAACUUCUGUUAAA